GCUCCCCUUUCACCUCGCGGCCGUCAGUUAACGUGGAAGUAAGACCCGCAGGUCCGCUGCGGGGUUGGGAGCGCGCUGGCCCGCGAGUUUGGGCGCGCCGGACCGCGAGCGUGGGCUUCUGCGCGCGGCUCGGCCUUUCCCCGGAGGAAGUGAUGGGGCGCGCGGGCGCCGGUGAGCGGGCGCCGGUGUAGUACGCGCGGCGCCUGACCCGGGAGCGCGACGGCGGCGGCGGGCGCGGGGAGGCCUCUUAAGGCCGCCACCCCGAGCGCCCGGCCUCCCGCGCCAUGGCCCCCAUGGGCAUCCGCCUGUCCCCUCUGGGGGUGGCCGUGUUCUGCCUGCUGGGGCUCGGCGUGCUCUACCACCUCUAUUCGGGCUUCCUGGCCGGUCGCUUCAGCCUCUUCGGCCUGGGCGGCGAGCUCGGCGGCGCUGCGGCGGGGCCCGUGGCCGCAGCCGACGGGGGCACCGUGGACCUGCGCGAGAUGCUCGCCGUUUCGGUGCUGGCCGCUGUCCGCGGCGGCGACGAAGUGAGGCGCGUCCGCGAGAGCAACGUCCUCCACGAGAAGUCCAAGGGGAAGACGCGCGAGGGAGCCGAGGACAAGAUGACCAGCGGGGACGUGCUGUCCAACCGCAAGAUGUUCUACCUGCUCAAGACCGCCUUCCCGAACGUACAGAUAAAUACUGAAGAACAUGUGGAUGCAGCUGAUGAGGAGGUUAUCUUAUGGGAUCAUAAGAUACCUGAAGAUAUCUUGAAAGAAAUAUCCACUACUAAAGAGGUACCAGCAGAAAGUGUUACUGUCUGGAUUGACCCACUUGAUGCUACACAGGAAUAUACAGAGGAUCUUCGAAAAUAUGUCACUACAAUGGUGUGUGUGGCUGUAAAUGGUAAACCUGUGCUAGGAGUAAUACAUAAGCCAUUUUCUGAAUACACAGCAUGGGCAAUGGUAGAUGGUGGGUCAAACGUGAAAGCCCACACUUCCUACAACGAGAAGACCCCAAGGAUCGUUGUCUCACGCUCCCAUUCAGGAAUGGUUAAACAAGUUGCUCUUCAGACUUUUGGAAACCAGACUACAAUUAUCCCUGCUGGCGGUGCUGGUUAUAAAGUUUUAGCGCUCUUGGAUGUACCCGAUAAGAGUCAAGAAAAAGCUGAUCUAUAUAUCCACGUGACAUACAUCAAAAAGUGGGAUAUAUGUGCUGGCAAUGCCAUCCUAAAAGCCCUUGGGGGGCAUAUGACUACCUUGAGUGGUGAAGAAAUCAGUUACACUGGUUCUGAUGGCAUUGAAGGUGGGCUCCUCGCCAGCAUCAAAAUGAACCACCAAGCUCUGGUCAGAAAACUCCCAGAUCUAGAGAAGACAGGACAUAAAUAAGUAAAACAUAGGUCACAGCUCUUCUAGAGCUGAAUGGUAGCCUGAAACGCUGGAGGCUUCAAAGCAUCGGUGGAGACUAUGCAUGGUUAAGGCCAUCCCGAACUUUUAAAAGUAUUUAUGAAGCAUCAGAGACAUAUUUUCCCUGUAAUAAGAUGCAAGAUUAGGGAAAAUGGGUUGCUUCGUGUCUCAAGUAUUGUCUUUAUUUUUGAGACUAUUUUCAUACAGUUGUCAUACACAAGGCACAUAUAUAUAUACAUGUACAUAUGUGUGUGUGUAUAUAUAUUUGUGAAUUAAAAUCUAAAGCUGAGUCCAUAUUGUUAUGAGUCACCAUUUUAACACAUCAUGAAUCUUCACUGUUUGUUAGUAAUUUCAUAUAGAAUUUAGCUGAAGAAAGGAUUGAUUUUGUGUAGAUGUUUAAUAUUACUUUACAAUUAUAUCAUAAAAAAAUAAAUAAUUGGGGAUUUUCUACCCCAAUUCAGAUGGAAAGCACAAGAAGCCACAUAUUCAUUAACAUGCAACAAAUGCUCUAUUUAUCUGUUAUUGAAUGUUUCAUAUGGAUUAAAAUACAGAAAGCUAAAAUUGUUUUUUCUUUGUAAUUUUAAUAACAGGUUAACCAGAUAGUAGAGAAUAUAGGCAUAUGACAGUCGUGUUGUAAUUUCUGUGUAUGUAUGUUUUGUUUGGGAGGUUUUGAUUUUUUUUUGUUUUAUAAAGUGUGUUUGUACCCAUGGGUUCAUCAUUUCUGCUAUCUUGCUAUUGGUUUUCAUUUGCCCUGUGGACAGUGCAUGGUUGCAUCCCUUCGCUCUUGACCAACAGUUAAUCUUUAACUUGUAAGGUUUGGAUUAAGGUUUCAGGGUUAGCACUAGGAUUUUUGGUACAUUUCUCAUUAGGGAUAAAUUAUGCUCUAAAGCAACAAAUAUAAAUGAUUCUAUAAUUGAGUUAUUUGACAUUACAUGAAUUGAGCUGGCUUUUGUUAUUUUCAAAAGUUUUGUUUUAGUACCUUAAAAAAAAUUUGCCAGAUUUUUAUAUACAGAUUUUCUAAUUAUCAAGAAUGAGUUAUAGUUGCUCUUGCUAUGGUUGCUUUUAUUCCUAACUUAAACAUAAUCUCAAAAGUAGUAACUUUUGAGAUACUUUAUAGUUCCCUUAAGAUUAAAAUAGUGAAGUUUCAAGUUACUUUUUGAAGAUUUUUUUUUCCUAUUGAAUAUGCAGAACCUGGUUGGAAGAAAGUCUGUGGCAUAUUCACUGUGUCAUAAUGAGAACCUUGCUCUGUGAACUGUCUUUCAUUGGGAUGUCUGAUUUUUCUCAACGUGAUAUCUAGAAAUUUCAUGUAUACAAAUACCAUUAUUUAAUGUGAUUUUUUUCCUUGCAUCCUAUAACACGAAGAGAGAUUUCUCAUGGUUUCUUUUUAAAAAAAUUCUAACCGUAAAACAACUUUCCACUUAUUUUCCUAUCUUGGAGGUAAAAUUGACCAAAGAAUGGAUAUUCUCACCUGGUGAAUAUGCAUACAACUGUAGGUUUGCAUAUCAUACUGUCCAAAGCCCUUUAAUUCCUCAUUAGGGAAUUGAAUAUAGUAUGAGGCACAUAUUUCUACCCAAUGUCUAGCGAAUGGUCACAGAUACGAUAGAGUAGUGUGGGCCUCAGUAUACAGGAUUUGUUCAGUGAAAAUUCAUACAAAGUUUUGGAACACUUGAUAUUUAAACAGGACUUAGGGAUUCUGAACAGGAUAUUGGAGACCUUAUCUUUUUACUUUGCAAUGAGAUGAGAAAAUCCUUUUUCUCUCAUGAGAGAUGGCAAAAGCAUAAGCUGUUUCCAGAGUCCUAUAAUAAAAGCAUUUAUUUUCACUGUAGAAAGAGGACUGCCAUAUCAGGAAAUGGGAUUUAAUUAGAGGGCUUUUUCCCCAAUAUUAUAUGGAAACUUUCUGAUUUAAUGAAAAUGAAACAAGUUCAUAUUAACAAGCAUGAUUGCUUUGAUUUAAUUUCUCAUUUCAUUAAGCUGCAUGUAGAUGAUGACUUUGUGAAGGGCUUGUUGUGUGCAAAAAUUAAGAUAUUGGCUGACAGUUAAAUGCUUUAUUUUUAUAAUUUAUUAGUCUAAUUACUAAUGAAUUUUUAAGCUUUAAGCUUUUAUGAAAAGUUCAUUUAAAAUUUUUGUUUCUAAAAAUCAGUAUACAUUACAGAACUAAUAUAAAUACCAAAAACAGUAUUUAUAUUUAUUUAUAUGAGACAUUAUUGUGCCAGAACAUACAAGGAAAACACCUUCCUGAAUAAUUGAGGCAUGUAAUAUCUCCCAGAAUUACAUAAAUAAAGUUUCUGAAAUGUAGCAAAAUAACUAGAAUUUUAACUUUGAGUGACCCUUAGGUCCCCAUCUCCUGGUAUUCUCUUUCCUCAUCUUUGCCCUUAUUUAGAGGAAAAUUUUCUCUCAAAAAUGAGUUUUGCACAUCUCAUGUUAGUAGAAGCAGGAACAUCAGUAACCUCAGUAUUCCUUAGCUGCCCUUGUUCUUUGCCCCUCCACCUACCUUGUUCCCUGUCUUCCUAGCCCAUUGACAUUCCUUUAUUUCUGCUCUUUCUUCACCAGUAUACACUUCCCCAACACUUAACCUCUGAAGUCUCUCAUAGACCUGUUUUUCUCAAGUUGGCUGCUGAAAUCUUAGGGUAGAACUGAGAUUCUCUAUGUAUAAAGUUCCCAGUAGGAGAGGUCAGUCCUGGAGGAGUCCUAGUUGACUAUUACUUUUCAAAGACUCCACAAAAAGUAAAGGAAAAUCACCUUUGUAACCACAAAGCUUUACACUGUCAAGUCUAAAUACAGUGCUUCUGCCUUUACAAAGCAUUUCUUCUGAUCCAUCAUUCAGAGAGUGAGAAUGCAGAAAGUACGAGAGAGUUGGGUAUGUAAGCCUGCAAGAGGAAACUUGCUUUUUCCAUUAGUUCUCAUACUUGUAUUACUAGCUUGGUUGAGGUGAUGGGCCUACAAGAUGGGUCGUAUUUGUCUUUGGUAUUCCACUGUCCCCUUCUGCCCAAUUGUAGUGUUUUUUUUCUUGAUUUUUAAAAAUAUUUAAAUGAAUUACUUAUGGCUGUAUAAUGAAAUUAACAGGCAUUUUGGUUUAUGUGUUUUAAGUAAUUGCAAUUCUGUUUGCUGGGUGCUCCUUUUGACUGUUGUGCAAAUUGGGUUAGAGGAACUGGGGAAGGGGCAGUGGCUAAGUUAAGGCUUUAAAAAGAGAGAGAGCUGAGGAGAAGGGUAGCAGUGGGAGGAUGCAAAGCAAGUCUCUGCCCUGGCCCCUGAUCAGGAAUUCUGCUUUGUCUCAGAUGUUUAACAAAAAAGUUAGAUUUCACUCAGGCUUUGAAGGUCACAUCUAUGAUAGCCCAAACAUAAGUAAAAGCUUGAGGGGUGGCCACCUGCUCUUCCUCAGAAAAGAAAUAUCCAGCCUGCUUCUUUUUGAGAACACCUUGAAAAUGACCUUAUCUUUGGCAGCUUAAAAACAAACUUUUUGGAUUAUUCUAGCUGCAACUACUUAUCUUGGAUCUGUGUUGAUUGGCCCUGGAUAGAAACAAUGAGUUUUCAUUUUAGAUCUUGGUUGAAUUUAAGACAUACUUAGUUAUUUGCAGUACAUGCCUACAAAAAGUCUAUAUUGUAACUUGUGUAAAAUAAACCUAAUCAAUGGUUUUAUUUUUAUCAUUUAAAAAGUUGUGCCCUAACAAUAGGGCAUUGUAUGUUAAUAAGGGAAAACAAUCUUUUUUUUAAUGGGUGGGGAAAAUAGGAAUUUUGCCAUUAAAAUUUAAAUUCUUUUAAUGUUUUUAGUAUUAGAGUUCGGGGAGACUCAUUAUGGCUAAAUAAAAUUGAUAGAAAAUUAUUUUUGCAUAAUCUAGCAUUUCAACUAAAGUACAUUUUUAUAAGAACUGGCAUCUUGAUGUAUGUAGGUCUGAAAUGGUACUUCAUCCUUUGAGUUUUAAUUUUAAUUAAUAUAAAAACAUUUUUUAAAAACUUUAUUUUUAAAUCA